GGCGCCGCGAUCAGACCACCGGAAGUGGCGGAAGAAGAAGGAGAGACCAAACAAACCUUCCACAUGUGGACGAACUGCAGCUAAACUUUAAAACUACCGGAUUAAAGGCUUGUUUUUUAGGUGAAAAUGGACGAAGAAUAUACGGCCGGGUACCGGGAGCCCUGUGCUCAGUGUGCAGCGGUGGAUUGGGGCGUUUCAGACGAGGGUCGGUUCUACUGCAGAUCCUGCCACAUGGUCAUCGAGAGAACCAGAGAGGUGGUGGACGCCACCUUCACCCCCGGGGCCAACAGGAUCUCCACCAUCGGCAGAGGAGCCAGAACCAAAGGGCCCGAGCGCGGCCGUGAGUGGAUGAUCUGCGAGGGUUUCCAGUUCAUCCUGAGGAACCAGGCCGACGCUCUGCUCAAACUGGGAGUCAGUCCUCACUUUAAGGACGACGUGCUGUGUCAGCUGUGGAGGAUCUACCUGCAGAGGAGUCGGCAGGCCUACACCCACAACCCAGUGAGGAGCGCCAAGUUUAAAGUGCGAGGUCCGGACUCGGACUCGGACAGUGCGCCCGAGUCGUCCGCCGUGUCGGCCAGCGAGACGGACGGAGAGGCGAACCUGUCCAGCACCGCCGGGUCGAAUGCAGAGAGCUCCAGCGAUUGGUCGCAGUGGUCGGGCUCCGUGGACGCCGUCAGCUACCUGUCGACCCGGCUGAGGCGGGCCCGCGGUCUCAUGACCAUGAAGAAGACGUUGGCUCUGAUCCAUCUGGCUCUGAUCUGGAUCCGGGAGCCGCUGACGCUCAGCGACCUGCUCAGGUUGGUGAACGAAGGCCACGUCCCGUAUGUGAACGCUUACGAAGAACUUCCCGAGGAGAUGAGGCUCGAGGGCAAAGACGGUCUGAUCUUCAGAGUGGAGAGGGUCCCGUCCCACCAGGAGGUCCACAAGGAGGCUCAGACUCUGGUCCAGUUCCUGCAGCUUCCUGCUUUUCCUCCAAUCAGCCGGCAGAGUCUGCUGCACCCGGCUCUGCUCAGCCUGCGCUACCUGACGGACGCCAACCUGCCCGACGACCUUCACCUGUGGGUCUGCCGGAUGAUGGAGCACGCCGGUAUGGCGGAUCAGACGCUCCACACGUUGGACGCCUCGUCUUGUCCCGUCCUGCCGCGGUACGACGUCCAGACCGCCGCCCUCAUCAUCGUCACCAUGAAGCUCCUCUUCGGCCUGGACGACCACACUGAAUGGGAUUUGUCCAAUGAAGCAGGCGACCGUGACGACGCAGGAAACAUGUUCAGCCUGAGGAGGUGGUUCAGGCUGCUGCAGGCCGCUCUGAUCCGGGGUCAGCAGAGGAGAGACCGCGACAUCGCCAGGAAACAGUGGAAACCUAAGAAACCUCUCUGCAUGAACAAGAAGGAGAAAACUGUCAUUAUGAAAAAGAAAAGAAUCGCAGAGCAGGUCCAGGUCUGUUUCGAGAAGCUGUCCUCUCGUCCGGCGGGCGUCGAGCGCGGCUUUCCGUCCAGCUUCAGGUUCUGCUGGGGGGACGAGGACGGAGCGGACGGACCCAGUCUGCACCAGAAGAAGCUGGAUGGAGUUCUGACCCUGAAACACAAAGUCCUGACGCCCUCCAACGCCACAUACUGGCACCCGGAGCUCCGACGCUGCGACCCCCGGAAGUGCAGGAGUCACUACUCGGAGGUGGAGGCGACGCUGCCUCGGACGUUCGUCUGGCUGCUGCAGCUCUUCUGCUUCCUGCUGGACGUGAAGCCGGCGUACCUGUACGAGGAGGUGCUGAGGGUGGAGAGGCGAGCGUUCGGCGGCAAAACGCCCCGGAGGAGGAAGACGAGGGCGACGACCAGGACCAGGACUAGGUCUGAGACCAGGACCAGGACUAGGUCUGAGACCAGGACCAGAGCUGAGCACAGGACGCCACAGAGAAGAUGAGAGACUGGAGAUGAAAAACCUUCAGCUGUUCAGUGUUUCCAGUGGUGCCUUCAAGGACGCUCUGAAACAGUCAGCCGACGUCCGUCCUGCUCUCUGAUUGGCUGCUGCCGCUCCAGAUUAAAACACUGUCAGAGACAAAGUUGCUCUAAAA